AUGAAUCGCGAAUUGACGGACUCCGCUCAUGUGGCCGAGGAGUCAUCUCCUGCAAAGAAAAGACAGAAGAGAGGAGCAGAAGAUGGGGCAGAGAUUCAACAGUCCAAGAAGGGGACAGCGUGCUCUACCUGCCGCAAGCUCAAGGUAAAAUGUGACUCUGCAGAUCGGGACAUGGGCAGCUGUUCACGCUGUCUUCGUCUUCGACUCAAGUGCGUCAGCGAGAAGAAAGUAUGGAUGGCUGCCGAAAAUGUCGAGACACGACCACAGCCAUAUAAUGUCAAUUUGAUCAAGCUUGAAAGAGCACUCGAAGAUGUGCUAGAGAAAUUGAAUCUGCCUGCACUCGACCUAUAUGCACCACCGGAGAUCGUGGAGCCAUCGCAAUCAUCACGACCGACAAGGCAAAACUCGCCGGAGCCAGGGAUUAGCAGCAGCAGACCGCAAGAGAGAGAUAUCUCACCCGGACCGACCAUUGGGAUGGGAAGUCUGAUCGAAGCAACAAGGCUGGACGGGUUGUGUAGCCAGCUUAGAAGCUCGAAACAGAGGCGUAAAGGUGGAAUGAGAAGGAUGGAAUCGGACUUGAUCUCAGAAAUGAUCUUGACAUAUGAAGAGGCUGAUGAAAUGCUCGAACUAUUCAAGACACUAUUAUCGCCACACCUUUUCUCGGCCACGAUCCCCCAAGAUGCAACUCUAGAAACGAUUCGAACGUCCUCCACAAUACUUUUCACUGCCAUCAUGCUGGUCAGCGCUCUUCACAUCUCCGGACAUGAAUAUUUACAUGAAAGAUGCCAUAGUCGAUUCCUCGGACUUGUUACCUCCGCAAUAUUCGAUCGUUUUCAUACCCUUGACGAUAUUCGUGGACUAUGUAUCGCAGCGCUCUGGCAGCCCGAUUUAAGCUGGAAAUUGAGCGGCUUAUGUAUUCGCAUGGCGACCGAGUUGAAUCUUCACCACGCGUUUUACGAAGCCUUUUACAGCCCAGAUGCCAAUGAAGAUACUUGCAGGGAGAAUCUCGAAAAAGCUAGAUUGUGGUACCUGCUCUUCGUUCUAGAUCAUCAAUCAAGCAUUGCCUAUGGUCGACCACCGGUGAUGGCCGAGCUAAGGCCGAUUAAAGACUUCGAGGUCCUUCUUAACUCGCCAUGGUGCACACCGUCAGAUCAGGCACUCAUCGCCCAGGUCACUGGGCUUGUCAUCAUGAGUAAGGCUUUCCAGAAUUUUGGUCUUGAGCCUAAAAGAACAAUGGGUGGCGAUGAUGCAUCUGUAUUGAACCAUUUCAGGUUCACAGAAGAUUCACGGGUGUGGAAAGACCGCUGGAGUCAUUUGAGGAUAAUCAAUAUACUAGGAGGGGGCAUUGAUCUGCACUACUAUUUCAGCGAGCUGGUAUUGCACUCGUUGGUUCUAAGAGGGCGCCCGCUAGAGACCCUUCAUGAUCUCCCUACAAGUCUUCGACCUCUAACGCUUCGGGCAAUCGAGGCAGCUCAUCUGCUUCUCCAGCAUUUUAUCGAAGAACCAGGAUAUCGCGAAGGAAUCGUGGGAAUGCCACUCUAUAUGCAUUCCAUGAUCGCUUUUGCCGUCGUCUUCUUGAUGAAAAUGUCACGUCGCUGGCAGAAAAUCGGCAUAACAAUAGAUCCAGUUCAACGAACCAGGCCUUUGAUCGAAGGCAUAAUCAAGUUACUGCGAGACUGCAAGGCUGGCGCCAGUCAUAUGGUUUUCAGCAUGGCAAAUGGAUUCGAGCGAAUGUUAAAACAAACAAGCCCGAAAUCCAGAAAGCGAAUGACCGAUCGGACUCCCCGAGCAAAACACCCAGCAUGGCCAAAUAGAUCAAGUGACGAACAAAGGGAGUUUCCUGAAAUACCAAUUUACGCUCUCGGGCAUCAUCCAAUUGAUACCGGUAUCCAAGUUGAUAAAAGCCCUGAAUAUAAUAUUCAGCUGACGCCAGAUGUUUCUCCUUACAACAAUUGGGGCUUUCAAGAUGAAGAGCUAUGGAGCUUGGGUAUGGGGUAUGAUCUUCUUGCCCCUGGAGGCGAAGGACUUGCAAAUGCCGACUUUCCAUUUUUCCUGUACGAAGAGAUGCAGCAAAAUAGUUAG